AUGUACUCCACCCUUGAUGUCGAUAUAAGGCCAGGAUUAGGAUUUGGUAUCUUUGAAAUCGGUAAAUUAUUCUCCUUUCUCUGGGGAAUAUCUAGACAAGUAAAUAAAACAGGAACAUCUCUCUGGACACUGCUGGAUAGACUCCGUCAUCUCCAACAUGUAUUUCCUCAAGUCGACGUAAAAUACGACCCAGAUUCGUCGGCCAUCACACCAAUUGUCCUUCACAUUCGCCCCCAUCUUGAUUUAUUGUUCUCGGGUAAAAACCAGAGGCUUCAUACCAUCUGUGUAAGAAACCUCCGGGAUCCACACCCCCCAGUGACCCUUCGUUACAAAGAUACCGUUCUCUCGUCGACUGAAGAAGUAUUGAGACGGGUUGGGGUCAGUCGAACAUUCGGUCCUACAUACCCUGGUAACGGUUUAAGAUACCCUGGACUCUGGUUUAGCUUCGAAGAGGAAGGGAUAACUGAAGGGCUGAAGGGGAGUGCUACCGAUGGUCGCAUGCAAGAGGUCAAACGCAUUCUUAUAUCUCAGAAGGGUAAUGAUGGUAAGGGUCAGGAUGCUUUAGAUGAAGUGGCGGAGUGUUCUGCUAUGGCAGGAGACGUCGCGAGCGUAGUCGUGAAGGUCCAUGACGGUAUCACCAUACACUUUUACGGAACGGCACCAUCAAAGUUGUUGCAUAUUCGAUUAGGGGAAACGACAGCAGAAGAUCUGACCAAUGACCUUGGCCCCCCACUUCGAGUCCACUAUAAGGAUGACGAAAGAAUGACAAUUCAUUCAAUUCGGAGACCAGAAAUGGGCAACGGGUAUUUCUAUAACUAUUUUCAACACGGAAUGGAUUUCCUUCUUUCCGGGACCUCUCAUACAGUAAUAAAAAUAAUUCUCCAUACAAAUCUGCCUGGGUCGCCAAUGUUCCAACGAUAUAAGCGUUGCAACUGGGAAAUAGAAGGCAAGCCAGAGGAUGAUGAAGAUGAUACACCUCCUCGGAAACGUUUUUACGACAGAUUUGAAACGAUUAGCCAUUUUCUUAGCCCGAGAGAGCCUCCUCCGUCCAUGCUAUUGGACAGAACGGACGAAGAGGAUGACUUGACUUUACCAAGCCCAACAACUCGUUUGCAUGGAUAUGACGGAAUUAUUCUUGAGGUCACUGAAUCUUCGCAAGUUGCAGCUGUGAUGCUCUUUUGA